UUUCAUUCACAACUCCUGCCAUCGCCGUAAUGUUGCUGUCCUGGCUGAGAAAAUUUCGGCCGUCGUCCCAUUCGGCCAAAUUUAUCCUUAUUCCGGCAGCCAAUUACACAAGCAAUCAGCGUUUAGCAGAAGUUGGCAAGUUUGAGUCGCCGAAGCUGAGCGGAAAGUACGAGACUGGGCAACUGUUCUUGCACCGCGUGUUCGGCUACAGAGGAGUAGUACUCUUCCCCUGGCUUGCAAGGGUUUAUGACAGAGAUGUUCCUAAUAAAAAAGAAUCAAAACCCAUUGAAGAAACCCUAAAUUAUAAUCAAGUUGGCAAGGAGGUGAAAGGAAGAGCCCACACAUACUACCAAGUGCUCAUAGACUCGAGAGACUGUCCGUAUAUUCGAGCUCAGACUGAAGCAGUAACUUUCCUCGGCAACCAAGAUAAUGGGAGAACGUUGUAUGCUGUCCCAGGCUUAGAUUAUAUUGCACAUGAAGAUGUCAUGCCAUAUAUUGCUGGGGAUAAACGACCCAUUAGACAUGACCUAUUCGACAAGUUCCUUGUUCACACUCCAGAAAAAGAUCCUCCAUUUGGUGCUCGAGAAACCCUCAAAGCAUGGCAGGAGCGCAAUCAUCCCUGGUUAGAGCUUUCAGACGUGCAUAAGGAGACAACAGAAAAUAUCAGGGUCACUGUAAUCCCCUUUUACAUGGGGUGUCGGGAGUCACAAAAUGCUAAUGUUUACUGGUGGCGUUACUGCAUCCGCUUGGAGAAUCUAGGAGAUCUAACAGUCCAAUUGCGGGAAAGACACUGGAGGAUCUUCAGUCUCUCAGGAACACUGGAAACCGUAAGAGGUAGAGGUGUAGUAGGCCAAGAACCUGUGCUUUCCAGACAACAACCUGCAUUUCAGUAUUCGUCACAUGUGUCACUACAGGCACCUUCAGGACACAUGUGGGGGACCUUCAGGAUGGAGAGAGAAGAUGGAUUUACGUUUGACUGCCGCAUCCCACCUUUCUCUUUGGAGAGCAAACAAGAGGAUACGUCUCAGCCAACGAGUGUGAUAUAGUGAACAAAUUUAUCCCUCGGUUCCAGUUCUUGUGGAUGUGCAGAGGGCGAUCUAAGUGACAUAGAUUGUGAUACAGAUUUUAGAGCUUUUAAUUUAUUUAUGGUUAGCAUAUGGCCUGAAGUUCAGUCUUUUAUUCAUGUUCUGAAUGGGCAAAAAGCUUUGAGAUUUGACCAUGUAUUGGUUUAUUACAAUCAGUCACUCAUUCAAUUUGUAAAAUAAUUUCUUUCUUCCCUGUAAAUAUACUCUAUUUAUAAUGUUCCAUAAUAUUUUGGGAAAUUUGGAUAUUCAUUAUUAAAGUUCUUUUGGGUCAUGAUAUUUUAGUCACCAAACGUUAUUCAUUAUAUCUUUCUUGAUUAUCAAUUAGACACCAGACAAAUUGUUUUAUUAACAUUUAUAUUCUCAUUUACAAAAUGUAAAUCUUAUGUUCAAUUUUUAAAGAAUAGUGGUUGUAUUAUUUUGAUAAUAAAAGAAAACAAAAUGG